AUGCUUGCCACUGCCGGACCCGACCGCAUCCACAUGCCACACCUCCUCCCCCUUGCUGCUGCCAGACCUGCCCGCCGCACGCGCAUUGCCCACAUCCACGAUCAGCACAGGGACGCGGAGAGAAGUUGGAGCAGGAUUUCUGUGAGUGAGGUGGGUAUGGUUGUUAAUGUUUCUGGGAUAGGAACUAGCUAUUUCCAUUUUUGCUUUGUGCGCAUGCUUGUCAAGUGCAGCAGUUACUUAAUGCCCAGUGGUGCACGUGCAGAGAUCAAGAUGGAGGAACGUCGCGGUUAUGGCAUGGAUAUCGAGCAGCUCCCAAUUAUGAUGUUCCACCAUGUAAAUCAUGUAGAGAUCCUCACUCACCAUAAAGUAGGACCGUUUUUUCAGGGCGGUCAAACCGCAUGUGUGGCAGUAUCCUGCGAUCUUCCUCCUUUUUGUCCUCUUAUUCUUCCCUCACCAGCUGAAAGUCUGCAGGCCCUUCUUGUUACCAAAGCUGUUCAAUCCCUUCUUGCAUAUCAAAAAACUAAAGAGAAUGUCAACAAACUACCUUUAAAGGAACAAGAUUGGGUGUCUUUAAUGGUAACUGUGUGGAGAAUUCCAAAUCGCGUACAGACCAUCAGAAUCCCUCUCCCUCAUGGUAUAAGGCCUGAUGCAUGUGAAGUUUGCCUUUUCACCAGAGAUGAGCCAAAUAUGACAAGUGAACAGACAGAAACUUUCUACAAAAAAAUGCUUGCACAGCAUGGCAUCACACAGAUAACCAAGGUCAUUCCCCUUAAAAAAAUGAAAAAAGAAUACAAACCAUAUGAAGCCAAGCGACGUUUACUUGGCAGCUUUGACUUGUUCCUUGCUGAUGCGAGAAUCCGUAGACUUCUGCCAUCCCAUAUUGGUAAACAUUUCUACAAGGAAAAGAGAGAGCCUCAGUCUGUGAAUUUGAAGGCUAAACACUUAGCUUCUGAACUGAAUCGGUUCAUCCAGGGAACUCAACUUCAUAUUACUAACAGAGGAUGUUGCUACACAAUACGUGUGGGUCACACAGGAAUCAAAGUGGAAGAUAUUGUUGAAAACACUCUAGCUGUUGCCAAAAUACUAGCGGAGAAGCUGCCAAUGAAAAGGAAAAACAUUAAGGUUCUUCACAUGAAAACACAGACAUCUGUGGCUCUGCCCCUCUACAAUUCCCCUACUGACAAUUUGAAAAAUCUACAACUAAUUCAGACUAUGGACCGUAAUGGUACUCGGCAGGGUUGUCCGCUGUCGCCCACUCUCUUCGCCCUGGCCAUGGAACCCAUAGCUGAAGCACUACGAAUAUCCCACUUUAUUAAGGGGCUUCGAAUUGGCCGGCUGGAGGAGAGGGUGGCGCUAUAUGCGGACGGCCUGCUCUUGUUCCUCAAUGAUCCGGGGCCCUCAUUGCAG